AAAGAAGCCGGCUUGUUGCUUUACGACAUUAAUUAUUCCGUGCCCAAGUGCCCGAGUCCAUAGCAGCCAGCUCUCCUAUGAAAGGUGAAUUCCCUCUCUCCCGGGCCUGGAAGAUGGACUUCUCUUCUUUUUGGUUGAGCUAGGCAUCUACGCAGAGCCCCAAAGCAAGCAGGCGGGUACUCCUGCCUUCCCCCAGCUCUGGGGUUUCUUUAUCCUUAUUUUCCAGCUCGUCCCUGUCAUUUCUGCCCCUGCCAGGCUCCGGCCACACCCCCGCCCUUGCAGCAUGGAGCUGGAGAGCCCCCGCGGAGCCUCCCCUGGGCAGCCCUUCUCUGGCCUCCUGCAGCAGCUCACGUGCCAGGGGACAGCUGGCACGGAGAGGGCGGCCGGGGACCCAGCGCUGCAGGAGCUGGACGCCCUGAUAGAAGCUGCGGAUUGGCCCGCGCUCCUGCAGGAGGACCCCGGGAUUGCCCAAGCGCUGGGACAGGUGGCCCGAACUCUGGGCGGCCAAGCAGCUCCCGCCAAAGUGGAGGAUGCCCGCAGCGCCCCGGCAACCAGCGGGGCAGAGCGAGCAGCCCGCGUCGGGGCUGUGUUUCUUCAGCUACUGCAGAGGAUGGAGGCGGCCCGAGGCUCGCUCGGUCCGGCCGCAGUGAUGGCCGCGCUGUGCCCCGCUGCCCCCUAUAUCUACAUCUUCUCGGUCACGCACUGUCAGGAGCGGCCGUGGACCAGCCCCGCCUCCCAGGAAGUGGCCCAAGAGGUGCUGGCCUUGCUGCUGAGGGUCACCGGGUGUGUGUCGGUAUCGGAAUUCCUCCGGGGAGAAACUGCGGACCAGGGGGGCAGGUUCACAGCGGUGAUGGGCCUUCUCAGACCAGAACUGAACAAGGAAUCCUGGAAGAAUAAUCCUGCCACCAAGCACAUAUUUUCAUGGACUCUAUAUCAGGUUACUAGACCCUGGCUGAGCCACCAUCUGGAGAGGAUCCUUCCUCCCUCCCUGCUCAUCUCUGAUGACUACCAGAAUGAAAACAAAAUCUUGGGGGUACGCUGCCUCCAUCACAUUGUGCUCAAUGUGUCAGCUGCUGAUUUGCGCCAAUUUAACAGAGCUCAAGUCCUCUACCAUGCCUUAUUCAAUCAUCUGUACACACCAGAGCCUGACCUUAUCCAGGCAGUGUUAGAGUGUCUGCUGGACUUGUUUCCUGUCUUGGAGAGGCCGCUACAGUGGAAGGCCACUGAACCCAGAUCCAGCGGUCCUUGUGAUGAUGUGCUGCAAUUGAUCCUGACCCAUAUGGAACCAGAGUACCGCCUCCUCCUUCGAAGAACAUAUGCUAGGAACUUGUCUGCUUUUAUAGAGAGGCUGGGGAUCUUGACAGUAAGACACUUGAAAAGACUGGAGCAAGUGAUUAUAGGAUACCUAGAAGUCUAUGAUGGACCCGAGGAGGAGGCCAGGUUAAGAAUAUUGGAGGCUCUUAAACUUACCAUCAAGCAUUGUUGGCCAAGGAUUCCUUGCAGACUAGAAGUCUUCCUGAAGGCCCUCCUAAAAAUGGUGUGUGAUGUAGCAAAAGACCAGAGCCUUACUCCUGAGCCCGUGAAGGCAGCUCUGCUACAGGAGGCCACUGACUGUCUUACUCUAUUGGAUCACUGCUCUGCUGGGCAGGUGACAAGUCUACUAACCAAAGCUGUCCAGAGUUGCAAAGAUGACAAAGUAUUAGAUUGUAUCAGAAAAGUACAGGAGCUUUCAGGAAGAACAACUAAAGCUGGAACAUAGAUACAUUUGCUUUUUUAAAAAAAUAAAUAUAUUUUUUCUUACUUUGAAGAUAAA